CCAGUCUUGGUCCCCUUUGCGUCUCUUGGUUCCGCUUUGCUCCCAACUAAGGGAAUAAGCCCAGAGGAAGGAACGCUCCGGGAAACCGCGCAACCAAGUGUUGCACGGUGAGGAAAAGCAAGGAUCUCUGAAACCGCCUGGACUGCAGAUAGAAGAAUGUUGUUUGAGAAACAACACUAGUCGCUCAUCUGCGGAAAGCUGCCUACAGCGACCAUAGACACUUGGCCUCUGAGCAGUUUCCUGAAGGACUUGUCUAGCAUCCCUUCAAUGAGCCAGGUGCCGGUCCGGGCCCCAGUAUCACCCUGAAUACAGUUCUGUGCGUGUUCUCAGACAUCCACAGCCGGCUGAAAGAUGAGUGAGGAACGCUGGGUUUCCCUCACUCCCGAAGAAUUCGAACAACUCCAGAAAUAUUGCGAAUAUUCUUCCAAGAAGAUAAAGGACGUAUUGGCUGAAUUCAAUAAAGAUGGGAGCCUCAAAAAAUAUGACCUGCGUGAGCCGAUUAGCUAUGAUGUCUUCAAGCUGUUCAUGAGAUCAUACCUGGAGGUGGACCUUCCUCAGCCAUUGAGUACACAUCUCUUCCUGGCCUUCAGCCAGAAACCCAGACAAGAGACCCCUGACCAUCCAAAGGAGGGGGCCAGCAACAGCGAGGCCUGUGGCCCAGAUCCCAACAUCCAAAAUGAGGAUAAUGCUGCCAAAGCAGAUGAGGCCUGUGCCCCAGAUACAGGUUGCACAAGCUCUGAGAAGGAAGUGCCAGCUAAGGACCAAGUGGCUGUGACCACCCUGGAAAAUGCUGCCACUCCGUCUUCAGGCUCAGGCUCCCCCAUAGUGUACCUGAAUGAUGUCGCGUGUUCCCUGUCCCUGCUGGAGACCGGGAGACCUCAGGAUAAACUGGAGUUCAUGUUUCAUCUCUAUGAUUUGGAUGAGAAUGGCCUCCUGGACCAAGCGGAGAUGGACCGUAUCGCCAACCAAAUGCUACACAUUGCCCAGUAUCUGGAGUGGGAUCCCACGGAGCUCAGGCCGAUACUGAAGGAGAUGUUGCAAGGGAUGGACUAUGACAAGGAUGGUUUCGUGUCUCUAGAGGAAUGGGUUCAUGGAGGAAUGACCACCAUCCCCUUGCUGGUUCUCUUGGGCACGGAUGACUCUGGCUCCAAGGGUGACGGGAGGCACGCUUGGGUCAUGAAGCACUUCAAGAAACCAACCUACUGCAACUUCUGCCACGUCAUGCUGAUGGGUGUGCGGAAGCAAGGCCUGUGCUGCAUCUACUGUAAAUACACUGUCCAUGAACGCUGCGUAUCCAAAAACAUUCCUGGAUGUGUCAAAACGUACUCAAAAUCCAAAAAAGGCAAUGAGGUGAUGCAGCACGCGUGGGUGGAAGGGAACUGCUCCGUCAAGUGUGACCGGUGCCAUAAAAGUAUCAAGUGCUACCAGAGUGUCACAGCGCGGCACUGCGUGUGGUGCCGAAUGACGUCUCACCGCAAGUGUGAAGUGUCCACCUUGUGUGAUGGUGGGGAGCUGAGAGACCACAUUCUGCUACCCACCUCGAUAUGCCCAGUCACCCGGGACAAGCAGGAUGGGAAGACGGAUGGCACCGUGACCGGCAAGGGUGAACCUGUAACGCAGUAUAAGAUUAUCCCCACCCCAGGUACCCACCCCCUGCUGGUCUUGGUGAACCCCAAGAGUGGAGGGAGACAAGGAGAAAGAAUUCUUCGGAAAUUCCAUUAUCUGCUCAACCCCAAACAAGUUUUCAACCUGGACAAUGGGGGGCCUACACCCGGAUUGAACUUUUUCCACGACACGCCAGACUUCCGCGUGUUGGCCUGUGGAGGAGAUGGAACAGUUGGCUGGAUUUUGGAUUGCAUUGAUAAGGCCAACCUCACCAAGCACCCACCGGUGGCAGUCCUGCCCCUGGGAACGGGAAACGACCUGGCCCGCUGUCUCCGCUGGGGUGGAGGCUAUGAAGGGGGCAGCCUGACGAAGAUCCUGAAGGACAUUGAGCAGAGCCCCUUGGUGAUGCUGGACCGCUGGCAUGUAGAAGUCACCCCCAGAGAGGAGGUGGAGAAUGGGGACCAGGUUCCAUACAGCAUCAUGAACAACUACUUCUCCAUUGGUGUGGAUGCAUCCAUUGCACACCGAUUCCACGUGAUGCGAGAGAAACACCCGGAAAAAUUCAACAGCAGGAUGAAGAACAAGUUGUGGUACUUUGAAUUUGGCACCUCGGAGACCUUUGCAGCCACCUGCAAGAAACUGCAUGACCACAUAGAACUGGAGUGUGAUGGGGUUGGCGUGGACUUGAGCAAUAUAUUCCUUGAAGGCAUUGCCAUUCUCAACAUUCCCAGCAUGUAUGGUGGCACCAACCUCUGGGGAGAAACCAAGAAGAACAGAACUGUGAUUCGGGAAAGCAGGAAGGUUGUCACUGAUCCCAAGGAACUGAAAUUCUGUGUCCAAGACCUCAGUGACCAGCUCCUUGAAGUAGUGGGACUAGAGGGAGCCAUGGAGAUGGGACAGAUCUACACUGGCCUGAAGAGUGCGGGCAGGAGACUGGCCCAGUGCUCCUCUGUGACCAUCAGGACGAACAAGCUGCUGCCCAUGCAGGUGGAUGGAGAGCCCUGGAUGCAGCCACCUUGCUCGAUUAAAAUUACCCACAAGAACCAAGCACCCAUGAUGAUGGGGCCUCCUCAGAAGAGCAGCUUCUUCUCCCUGAGAAGGAAGAGUCGUUCCAAAGACUAGACAAAGUGCCAAACACCUGAUAUGCCAAGAAAGAAGACAAGAAACGCACACAGA